AUGAAUCUCACAAUCACCUCUAUCCUCCUCGCCGCCAGCUUAGCCAUCGCCGCACCAUCCACGACUAAGCGCGAAAGCCACUCUCUCCAAAUCACUGACUUCAACGCCAGCGGUUCCAAGGGUGGCGCAGGCGCAAGCAUGCAUUUCGUCGUUACUGACGCCAAUUACCCAGAUGAUACCCCGACUGACUGUAACUUGCUCUGGAUCUACGGCGAAAGCCCCAACGGACGAGCCCGCUGCAACAACGGAAAGUACAAAAUCAACUUCCCGGACGGCGUGAAGGAUUUGCACAAGUUUACUCUUGAGCUUGUUCGUCAGCCGGAGCCUAUUGGGGAGAGGGGUCAGGUUGUUUUGGAUUCGAGUGUUGGGGGGCCGGGUGUUGGUUGGAGUUGUGUUGAUAAUCCUAAUGAGACGGUACUUGUUCGUUGCAAUUAUGCUGGGACACUGGAGUUUCCUGUUUCGUGGCCUUGA